GCGCAUCGUUAGGGACCACCCGACCCUCCUGUGAGGCUGUGACCGGCCGCCAACCUCCACAGAUUCCUGACCUUGAGCUUCGAUUGUUCCAGGCAACACUUUUACACUAUCCUUACAACAUCUUUCGUCGCGACGUCAAGUACCACCUCUACGUGGUCAUAUCUCUAUCUACAAUCGCGCGACUCUCCGAGACUCGAUCCCGAUCGAUUGCCUGACCACACCGAAUUCGCCAGAUCGCAACCAUUUCCUCCGUCUUUCUAUCAACCUUUGCGACGCAUUCGCUUUAAAAUACCACAACGCCAGGAUGGAUCUCUCUGACUCUUUUCGCAUUGUCAACCUCGCGGUUGCGGUGCUCAUGAUCCUGGGCGGUGUCUCCCAGUUCUUGUCUCUCGGAAUUCAAUCAAUGAUCCUCGGAUGCUACACGAUCCUUUUUGGUGCCUCCACCGGUCUCAUGGAGUUCCAGAUCCCUCACCAAGUCCAGCGCUAUGCUUCGUUCAUGUUCUCGUUCCUCGGCCGUGGCGUUUUUUACAUGUUCGUCGGCAGCAUCAUUCCCCACGGACACUGGGCUACCAUCAUUAUCGGCUCGAUCAUCUUCCUUGUCGGCGUUGCCUAUGCCGCUCUCGAAUUCGUGCCCUCGAUUGAGCCGCCUGCGAACAUGCGCGAGGCGGAUGCGGGCUGGGGUGCUGAGCAAGUGUAAUCCAUGAAACACGCACGAAUUGAGAAGUGAAGCUCUGCCGAGGGUGGGUCAUGCGAAAGUCUGAGAAGGCAUUCAUGACUGACACGGCUGAUGAGUACCGAGGAAAAUGUCAUGUCGGCCGAGACGAGAUGAUUGGGUUGCGAGAUGAGGUGGAAUAUUGCCUGUUUGACAGCUUUAGGAACGCUGUCGGUGAUUUGCUGGUGUCGAGAUGUUGAGGGACAGUGUGCUCCAAGUUGAAUGGAGUACAAGUGAGAGGGUACGUGUUGGCUUUUAGUAGACAACACCUGAGGAUGGGAAAGAAGAUCUCAACGAUUUAGCCUACGCAUUAGAUUGAGGGCAGCAAUUGUGCUGCCAUGUCAAUAUUUUGGACAAGACUGGCUUGGAAUUCACCGGCAUCCAUAGACAGGCAGUGAUUGUGAGAAUGACGUAGUCUCCGUCUUUCAAAGUUCGUGAUUACAGCCG